CGUACUGAUCAUCACACGUGCUAUAGCCCCUGCAAAAUGAGAACUCCUUUAUCGUGGUUCGUAUUUCUGUCGACCCUGUUGACACAGGGAUAUGCUUGGAGGUCGGACAACGAUGAGUGCGCUUUGCCUCUAAAACAUUUCAAAUAUAUAUCACCAACUGGUUAUGGAGAAAAAUGCAUUUCGUAUGUUAAUGUUUCCGAAGCUUUCCAUGAAGCAUGUAGAGGAGUAUUAGGUAUAGAACCGGGAACCAAUGAUCUAACGGAUAUUCAGUUGGAUAAUUUUGGCGAUGUAAUUCAAGAAACAACGAGAAUUUUAUGUGAAUGGUUUGGACUAACAAAAGAUCAAGUGCGAAGUUUAUUACCAAUAAUAAAUACGGAAAACACUGAUAUUGGAUCUUACUGUCCGAAAGAAUUAAAAUCGUAUCCGGGUAAUGAUUGCGGAGAUGGAAUCGAGUUCCGUUCAAUCGACGGGAGAUGUAAUAAUUUUGUUCAUCCACAUUGGGGCGCUGCGAAAUUACCUUUCAAAAGACUUUUACCACCCGAUUACGGUGACGGUAUCAAGUCGAUCAGAACGAGCAUAACCGGAUUUCCGUUACCCAACCCUAGAUCUGUUUCGGCCCGCGUGCACAAAGACGUGGCUAGACCGCAUCGCACUGAUAUAACGUUUUUGUUUGCCGCCUUUGGACAGCUCGUUGAUCACGAUCUCACUCUCACCGCAGAAACCAAAGACCCGAUCACCAGACAAGAGAUCAAAUGUUGUUCGGGAGCUAACAAUCCAUAUUGUAUACCAAUCAACGUGCCAAUCGAUGAUCAGUUUUUCGUGGGCAGUCAUCGCCAAAGGUGCAUCGACAUGAUAAGAUCGCUGGCUGGCGUCAAUACUGAUUGUCCUCUAGGUCCUCGCGUCCAAACCAAUGCAUUGACAUCGCCUAUCGACGCCAACUUCAUAUACGGCUCCAACGAAAAUCUUGCAAAUAAACUCCGGUCGUUCGAAGGUGGAAAGUUGACCAUGGUCCCGGUAUUGGCGGGUAACCGGCUGAAGCCAAUAUUGCCGCCAAAGAAAGAUCAACCGGACGACGGAUGCAUAAGGCCUCACCCAGAUCUUUAUUGUUUCUUAGCUGGCGAUAAUCGCGUGAAUGAACAAUUGGCUCUGGGUGUACUCCAUACGAUUUUCACUCGAGAACACAACCGAAUAGCCACUGAAUUGUGUGCGGUCAAUCCACAUUGGGACGACGAACGACUGUAUCAGGAAUCGCGGAAAAUCGUCGGUGCGAUGGUCCAGCACAUUACUUACAACGAAUUCCUGCCGAAGUUAUUGGGCAAGUUCACGAUGAAAAAGUACGGUCUGGAGCUCUCGACACAAGGGUUCUCCAAUAGCUAUGAUCCAGAUGCAGAUAUCACGGUGCCGGCCGUAUUCGGCGCUGCUGCCUUCCGAUUCGGUCACUCGCUGUUGCCCGACGCCAUGGAGCGUUGGAGUGCAGCUCACAAGUUUGUAGGAUCCAGGAGAUUUAGCGAAAUGUUUCAACAACCGUACGACCUGCAUAAGCCCGGAUGGUUAGACCAAUAUUUAUUGGGUAUGAUUAACCAAGCGUCCCAGGCUAUGGACGAUGCAGUAACGUCUCAAGUCACCAACCAUCUGUUCCAGGAGCCGGCCAAUGAUUAUGGCAAGGACUUGGCUUCCAUCAACAUACAACGAGCUCGGGAACACGGGAUACCCAGCUACUCUGCCUGGCGGCAAUACUGCAAACUACCGGCGAUCAAGUCGUGGAGCUCGAUGCUGACGGACAUCAGCAAUGCCACGGUGAAGGCGUAUUACGAUUUGUACACGACACCAGAAGACGUGGACCUGUGGUCGGCAGGUGUGUCGGAACGAUCUAUCGAUGACAGCAUCGUGGGGCCGACGUUCGGAUGCAUCAUCGCCAAGACGUUCAGUGAUUUGAAAAAGGGCGACCGGUUUUGGUACGAGAAUCCCGGUCUGCCAAACUCGUUCACGCUAGAGCAACUGAUGGAAAUAAAAAAAGUUAAAUUAUCACGAGUGUUGUGUGAUAACAGCGAUAAUAUUGUAACGAUUCAACCGUUUGCUAUGGAAUUGCCAUCACAGCAAAAGAAUAACAGGGUUGCUUGUAAAGGACACAUACUACCACAGAUGGAUUUAUGGGCUUGGAAAGAAUAUACCGGCUGUUGCGCCAAAAAGAAAGUACCGAAUUUAAAUAACCUAAACCCACAAAUACACAAGGUUCAAAUAAACGAAUGGAACAAAGAGGAUGAUAAUCUGCAUAAGUUCAUCCAAGCAAUAGCUGUAAACAUUUCGUCAUCAAAACCUACGAACGCUUGGAAAUAAAGUUUAAUAAUAUAAAUAAUAU